GGUUGGUGGUAUAAAUGUCUGCCGUUGUCAAUAUGAAAUAGACAACGUCAUCCUUUUGGUCAAUAUUUUAUAUUCGUGCCAUUGAUUUCUAAUUUUCUUCGGUUAAGAAAAGUUGUUAUGUUUUGAAGAUUAAGAGAAAAAAAUUUCAGGUUUAGAAUACUUUUGAAACAAAAAUUAAAGCUGCUAAAUAACAAGCUGAAUCACUGUGUAUAAAUAAUUAGUUAUAACUGAAACACACUUUUCUUAUUUUUUUAGCAUGAGUGUCAUUCCGCUAACGAUAGAAGUUUCUCUAGUAUUCUGUGUAGCUGCUCUCAUGCUACACAGAUAUGGAGAUUACAGAAAACAGCAUAUUUUGGUUACUGUAGCUUGUUUCAUAGCUUGGUACUUCUCUUUCAUGAUAAUAUUCGUUCUACCUUUGGAUGUUUCAUCGACGUUUUAUCGACAAUGUUUAAAAGAUAACUCACCAUUGCCUGAUACAACAUCGAAUCCGAAUUUAACAACAACAAUAAUUAACGAGCCAACUUUAUCAACAUCUCAAAUAAUUUCUCCUGAACAAGUAUGUGAGAAACCUUGGAGUUGGUUUCCACCAACAGUAUUACCUGUACUCUGGAGAGUUGUUUAUUGGACAUCGCAAUUCUUAACAUGGAUCCUCCUUCCUAUGAUGCAAUCGUUUUCAAAUGCUGGCGAUUUUACUGUUUGGAGGAAAAUAAAGUCUGCUCUAUUCGAAAAUGCCAUCUAUUAUGGAACUUAUUUACUCAUAUUUGGUAUAUGCUUGGUAUACGUUGCUAUUAAACCCGGACUAAAUAUAAAUGGGUCACAAUUAAAAGUCAUUGGUAUUACUGCAAGUAACACAUGGGGACUUUUUCUCCUCGUUUUACUACUUGGUUAUGGAUUAGUCGAUAUUCCAAGAUCCUAUUGGUAUGCAAGCAAACAGGGCUAUCAAUUAGCCCACGCUUAUUUUAAAAUGGCUAAACUGAGUACAGAAAAGACCGAAGCGGAAGAGAAUGUAGAAGAUAUUUUGGAUGAUAUUAAAAAAAUAGCCGAAACUGUAAAAUAUACAAAUCCAAUGAGAAAAUACGUUGAUGUUAUUUUGGAAAAGUGUCCGGAGUCGAUGACCAAAAAUUUAAAGAGGAGUACAGACGAUUUCGAAGAAUAUUCAGCUUCCGAAGUUGUUACGGAAAAGUCUCUUGUUAGAAUACAUAAAAAUAUUAAAAAAGCAACUCAUAACGUUGAAAGAGCAAGGUGUCAGUGGAAUGAAACGUUGCAAAGAGCCUUUGAAUUAGAAGAUUUAGAGGCUAAUGAGAAAAGUAGUACCAGAAAAUUUGUUCAUUCAGUCGGAGUUGAUUAUCAACCUGUUUCCUUUCUAAGGCGUCUUAUUACACCUCAAAUCGAAUGGUAUUGGAAAUGCUUAAUACGACCUAUUUUGAUGAAAAUACUAGCAGUAUGCUUGUGUAUUUUAUCAUUUAUGGUCGUUUGGUCCGAAUGCUUAUUCUUUAUUAAGAAGCCAGUUUUAUCAUUUUUUGCACUAUUCGUUCAGGCUGCUGCCAAGAAUUCUGGUUAUUUCUAUGUAGAAUUGUCGUCCUGUUUGACUAUAACAUUUUUGUGUUUCUGCGCCUAUUCAACUCUAUUUAAAGUUAGAAUAUUCAAUUAUUAUUAUUUGGUUCCCGAUCAUCAAACAAAUGCUAACAGCCUUAUUUUUGCCGGAAUGAUGUUAUGUCGACUUACUCCUCCAAUGUGUUUAAAUUUCUUGGGACUGAUUCAUCUAGAUACUCAUAUAACGAAAGACGAAAGAAAAGAGGAGACAGCUUAUACGAAUAUCAUGGGACAUAUGGAUGUUAUUCCUUUUAUAUCAGAUGGAUUUAAUAUAUACUUUCCAAUAUUAAUUGUUCUACUUUGCGUUGCAACAUACUUUAACUUGUGUUCAAAAGCUUUGCAUUUCUUUGGAUUUGAACAAUUCGUUGAGGAUGAUCACUUAACUCAAGAAUUGGUCGACGAAGGCAAAGAUCUCGUAAGAAGAGGUAAACAGAUCAAUUUAUUUAUUCUAUUUUAUACAGUAUUAUGAAUGAAAUUGAAAUGAAAUAUUUUUCGUUUGUUUAUUAGAACGAAGAAGGUUACAAAGGAGAGAAGAUUGGGAGACAAGGAGAAAAGAGUGGAAUCAAAGAUUUGGUGAUUCAUCCCCACCAAAUCAGUCAGAACCUUCAGAAAGUGCUAAGGAAGGAAACUGGAAAAAUCGUUUAGCAAGUAAAAGAUCUUCGAAGAACGAUCGGACAGAGUUGUUAAGAGAAGCCGAACCUAUUGAUUAUAACAACUACCAGCUAGAAGAUCCAACUUCUAGUUAUAGUAACCCCGACGGUGCUCCAAUUGGACUGGGAGGUUAUCAAUCUGAUUCAGGUAGAUUGAGUACAUCGAAUUACACAAAAUAUGGUGGACCCCCACGAGGAAUAUUUGAUGAUGUUUAAAAAAAAAGAUAUUAAUAAUGUAUACGUUUAAAAUAACUGAACAGAACUUUUUGAAAAUGAUUAUAGCCCCAAAAUUUUCAAUGUUUACUUCUAUAUAAUUCCUCUCUCUCUCUCUCUCUCUUAUAUUUUGAAAUGAGUUGGUUACCAAAUUAUAUAUAUUCCACCAAAUUACGUUUGUUUUGUUAAUUGUUCUUUCUCUAACGAAAGUAUGGAAGUGAAAUGGAACAACAUAUUCUUACUCAAGAAUUUUUUUGUGCAUAAUAUUCUUGAUUGUGUAACUUUCUAGUCUUAAAAACAUUAAGUCAUACUCUAUACUAUCUAUACAUAU